AUGGACGGCCACGGCGGCGGGGCGGGGGCGGGGCCGGGCCCCGGCAAGCUGACGCGGACGCCGUCCUCGCUGCUGCGCUCGCCCACGGUGCGCAACUGCUCCUCGUUCCAGGCCGUGGUUGUCGAGGACCCGGAGCCCGACGACAAGAAGGCCCAGGCUCACCCCAAGGCCCCGCCGCACCACUUCCACCCCGGCGGCGGUGGCUUCGGCGGCCCCGCCCACCCGCUGCUCGUCCUCGCGCUCCCGCUCGCCUUCCUGCUCCUGCUCCUCCUCCUCCGCGGCGGCGGCGACGGCCACCACCUCGCCCUCCUCGCGGCGUCCGCGGCCGCCGCGCUCGCCGCCGCCGCGGGGGCCGCGCGCCUGCUCCGGGGACGCCUGCGCCUGCGCCGCUCGCCGGGCUCCGGCUCCGUCCAGUGGUUCAUCGGGGACGACGACGACAAGCCGCAGAAGCGGGCGGACAAGGCCGCCGCGCCGCACGGGCGCGUCGUGCGGGAGGGCGUCGAGUUCUACAGCAAUGGGGACUGCUACGAGGGCGAGUUCCACAAGGGCCGCUGCAACGGCAGCGGCGUCUACAGCUUCUUCGGCAAGGGCAAGUACGAGGGCGACUGGGUCGACGGCAAGUACGACGGCUACGGCAUCGAGAGCUGGGCGCGGGGCAGCCGGUACCGCGGCCAAUACCGCCAGGGCCUCCGCCACGGCCACGGCGUCUACCGCUUCUACAGCGGCGACUGCUAUGCGGGCGAGUGGGCCGGCGGCCAGAGCCACGGCAUCGGCGCGCAGACCUGCUCCGACGGGAGUUCCUACGUCGGCGAAUUCAAGUGCGGCGUCAAGCACGGCCUCGGGAGCUACCAUUUCAGAAAUGGCGAUCGUUAUGCGGGCGAGUACUUUGGGGACAAGAUCCACGGGUUUGGUGUCUACAGCUUCGCCAAUGGCCAUUGCUACGAAGGCUCCUGGCACGAAGGCAAGAAGCAGGGAUUUGGGAUGUACACAUUCCGAAAUGGCGACAAGCGAUCGGGGGACUGGGAUUCUGGGACUCUCAGGACCCCCUUGCCCCCGGCUGAUCCUUCUGUUCAGCGCGCCGUACAGGCCGCUCAGCUAGCUGCGGAGAACGCAUUUCGCUUGCCUAGAGUCGAUGAGCAGGUCCACAAGGCGGUCAUGGCCGCCAACAGGGCGGCCACGGCCGCUCGAGUAGCGGCGAUCAAGGCAGUCCAGAACAGGAUGGAUGGGAAAUUUUGUGACACCUAUGUGUGA